GCCCCGCGCCAAUUGGGCCACCGGCCUCGCCCCGGCCGUGCCACGACUGAGCUGGCGUAAUUCCGGAGCGUCAUCUGCCGCCUUAUCUCGCUCGCCCUCACUGUCGCUCGCUCGCCCGCCCAGCCAUGGCUAGGGCGGACCUUCGCGCUACCGCCUCCCUCGUCUCGCCCCCCGUUGGACGGGACGCGGUCUACAUACAUGUGCAGUGCUAACCCCGCCGUCGCGUGGCGGAAAGCCUCCGCCGUCCGGUUUGCAUGUGCUUGCACUGGCGCCCUCUCACCCCAUCAGCCUGCCCUCGCCAGCCCUCGCCAGCCCUCGCCCGCCCUCGCCCCAGGCGACAGACGGCACGACGAGAAGGCCGCAAUGCCAGCCAGGCCCAUGGCCACGACCAAUCUGGCCUCUCCCCACCCACCUGGUCCCAGCAAUAAGGCCAUUCUGACCCGACCCGCCACGCCAGCCCACAGAGCAGCUUUGUCCGCAUCAUUGCUCGGAACAGAUCGGAACCUCCGGCUGGCCAACACGGUCACGAGAACAGGCCAAGCGGCGUGCUACUGGCCAGGCCGAUGUCGCCUCGUCCCCGUCCUCGUACCUACACAUCAAUAUUACUCCCUUUUCCGCGGCGGAUAUUCCAGGCAUGCUCCCUAUCAAGACUCACCACCUGUACACCAGACCCUGAGCUAGCGCCACUCUUGCAGCUGCCACUCGACCAAAAUCUCAGCACUCAUUCC